UUAACUUACAACAAUAACAAUGGAAUUGGAUCCAGAUAUUAUUAAAGAAUUUGAAAAUCUUGAAGUGUCGACGAAGAAACCCAGUGAAGAAGAAAUCAACAACUUUGAUGAAAAUGCACCACUCAAAGUCACAAAUGCUAACCAACAUCCAACAUAUUCAACAAUACCGAAAUUUUUCCAUGCACCACCAGCACCCAACGAUACCCUAAGGCAAAAUCUACGCAAAGAAGCCCACUCAUUGUUCUUGCAAAAACGUUCACAAGAACUGCUCGAUAAUGAGGAAUUGAAUACGCUGUGGUCCAUAUUGGAAAAGCAUUGUACACAAGUGACACCAAUGGGCCAGCAAUUGAUUGGUUACGACGACUAUUUGAAAGUAAUGCAGGCGGUUAGUGCCAAAUGUCGCAAAUACUUAACGGCCCGUCUGUUUGCCAAACUGCAAUGCCAUUCCGGUUAUCCGGGGAAAGUUGAAAUUGUUUCAAUUUUCAAUUAUACAAUGCGUAAAGUGUGGCUGACACAAGGACGUAUUGGGCUGUCGUUCUAUGAUGAUGUGGGUCAAGGUUAUUUACGUGAAAUCGAUAUGGAGAAUUAUAUCAUAGACAUUAUACCGACAUUGGCACAAAUUAGUGGUUGUGUACAGCCCUCCUUUCAGAGUUUCUAUGUGUGUACGGUUGUGAAGAAAUUCUUUUUCUUUUUGGAUCCUUUGCACACAGGACGUAUACGCAUACGCGACAUUCUGGCAUCCGGCCUGCUUACUGAACUGUUGGAGUUGCGCGACGAAGAGUCAUCAAAAGAAUCUCAAGAACAUAAUUGGUUCUCCAUGCCAUCGGUAUUGACGGUCUACGGUAAUUAUUUAAAUUUGGACAAAGACCAUAAUGGCAUGUUGAGUAAAAAAGAAUUGGCUGCUUAUGGUUCGGGCACAUUAACAUCGGUAUUUUUGGAUCGUGUUUUUGAUGAGUGUCGUACCUUUGAUGGUGAAAUGGAUUAUAAGACCUUCCUUGAUUUUGUGCUAGCAUUGGAUAAUCGUCAUGAACCGCAAUCGUUACAUUAUUUAUUUCGUAUUUUGGAUGUCCAACACAAGGGCUACUUGACGGCUCAAACAUUGCAUUAUUUCUUUAAGGGUAUUCAGGAACAGAUACGUGCUUGCAAUGCCGAGGCUGUUAAUUUUGAAGAUUUAAAAGAUGAAAUAUUUGAUAUGGUCAAGUCGAAGGAUCCGUAUAAAAUUACACUGCAGGAUUUAAUCAAUUGUGGCCAAGCUGAAACCGUUGUCUCCAUCCUAAUUGAAUUUCACAAAUUCUGGGCUUAUGAAAAUCGUGAAGAAGGUUCACAUAAUGUUUAA